GCCUCACCAGCCAAUACACACUACUACACCGCACUCAAAGACAGACAGAGCAAUGGCAGGUCACGCACCGACGAUGGCAGUCCCUACCGACGCGCAGCUGAUCAAGGCGCAGGCAGAUCUGUGGCGCCACAGCCUGUGCUACUUCACGCCCAUGGCACUCCGGUGCGCCGUCCAGCUUGGCAUCCCUACCGCGAUCCACCGCCUCGGCGGCACGGCGUCGCUCUCCGACCUCGUCACGGCAUUGUCCCUGCCGGAAUCGAAGACGCCGUACCUCGGCCGCAUCAUGCGGCUGCUGGUCACAUCGGAUGUCUUGUCGUCCCCCGAGGAUGGGAUCUACUGCCUCCUCCCGCUGUCGUACCUCCUGGUGGAAGGCGUACUCAUCGACGGUGAGGCCCAUCAGGAGGCCAUUGUGCUUGCCGCGACGUCGCGCCAUUACCUGGAGGCGGCCCUGGGGCUGGCCGACUGGUUCAAAAAGGACCUGGCACUGCCGUUGCCAUCACCAUUCGAGGAAGUGCAUGGUGCGACGAUCCUCGAGGAGAGCAUGACGCUCCUCGACCCAGAGUCGGACAAGCUGUUCCAUCAAGCCGUAGCUGCCCAUGACCACAUGGGGAUCGGCACCAUAUUGCGGGAAUGCCAUGACCUAUUCAAGGGACUGGACUCCCUCACUGACUGUUGCGGUGGUGAUGGAACAACGGCCAGGGCCAUCGUCGAAGCCUUCCCACAUAUCAAGUGCCAUGUGUUGGACCUUCCAAAGGUCAUCGAGAAAGCCCCGCCGAGUGAGGCAGUUAACUAUGUGGCCGGUGACCUGUUCCAUUCCAUCCCGUCCGCUCAAGCUGUGAUGCUCAAGCUUGUUCUGCACUUCUGGAGCGACGAGGAUUGCGUUAACAUCCUAUCUCACUGCAAGAAGGCAAUUCCUUCCCGAGAAGCGGGAGGCAAAUUGAUCAUCAUAGAUAUAGUGGUCGACCACCCUUCUUCAGGGGAAAUGUUGGAAACCCAACUGCUAAUGGAUGUGCUCAUGUUAGUAUGCACGAGAGGACGGCAGCGGGAUGAAAACGACUGGAGCUCAAUAUUUACGAAAGCAGGGUUUAGUGACUAUAAGAUUGUCAAGAUGCUGGGUGCUCGGGGUAUCAUCGAGGUUUACCCAUAAGGCGUGCUGCCCAUGCGAUCACCUGGUAUUAAUAUGUAUUGUGUAAUAAAUAAAUAAAUAAGUAAGGGCCUCACCUAAUUGUACGAGAAUGUACAUGAUUAUAUGGUAGCUGAAGUGUUAGGUUUGGUCACUUCAGAGCUGUUGUAUGCAACUUUAGUUUGUGUAGUGUUUAAACACUCUGUGUGAGUUUCAUAUAUAUAUGCACGUGUCAUGUUGGUAUGCUCUAAUAAGAUGAUGUAAACUUUGUUAA